AUGGCAGGGCACAACACAAAUGAAGGCGUAUUAUUCGCGUCUCCAUUUGUGAAAAACGAUGAAGAUUACGCCAACCUCGUUGCGAGUCUAUUCCCCGGCAUCUCAUCUACAGCUCUGUCCAUAAUAACAGACAAAUUGUACCCGAGUACUCUCAGCGGCAAAUACGGGUAUGUGGACCAGACCGGCCGUGUGGCGUCUACUAUUGGGGAAUCCCUCAUAAGUUGCAACGAGUACUUUCUCGGAGAGGCAUUCGCACGCAGCAAUACCAGCUUCCGGUAUGAAUUCAGCGUUCCCCCGGCAAUCCACGCUGUAGACCUUUCGUAUACCUUUUACAAUGCCGGCGAGGCGACAUCUGGCGUGAAUAUUACUCUUGCGGGGAUAAUGCAGAGGUAUUUUGCGAACUUCAUCACAACUGGGCAGCCUUAUUCUCAUCGUCCAACCGACUUCCCUGUGGAUGAUAUGAUUCAGAAUUUCAACAUAUCUAGUGUUGGACGGAUGAAGGACAGUGUGUCAACCAAGCGAUGCAAAUGGUGGCAGAAGGCAGAUUUCCGGUGA